AUGAGAGUUAUUGAUGGUCCUCUUAUUCCUAUGAUGAAAGAUGAUGAAGGGAAAGUCAUUCCAAAACCCAAGGCUCACUAUGGAGAAGUUGAUUAUAGAAUGCUCGUAAAAAAUGCUAAAGCUAAGUGCAUCCUUGUAUGUGGACUUGGACCUGACGAGUUCAAUCACAUUUCUAGUUGUACUACAUCGAAACAAAUUUGGGACACACUAGUCAAUGUACAUAAAGGAACUUCCCAAGUAAGAAAAUUUAGAAUUGCUAGACUAUCAUCUGAAUAUGAAGCAUUUAAGAUGGAGAGUGGUGAAUCACUUCAAGAUAUGAUUACUAGAUUCACUACUACUGUGAAUGAGCUGGUGUCUUUGGGAAAGAUAUAUACUACCAAGGAACAGGUGGAUAAAGUGCUGAGGACUCUACCUAAGUCGUGGGAGAUCAAGAUCACUUCAAUUAGAGAAGCAAAGAAUUUGACAACCAUAAGCUUGGAUGAACUUGUAGGAAAUCUAAAUACUUAUGAGAUGAAUGUUGAUAACACAAAAAUGAGUAAAAGAAGCAAAGAUAUGAUUUUUUCUUUCAAGGCAACUAAGAGUGAUGAAUCUGAUCUGGAUGAUGAGGACAUAGCCGUGAUCAACAAAAAACUCAGAAAGCUCCUCAAGAAAGGUGGAAACUAUGAGAAAAAAUUGCCCCCGAUUUUUGUUGACAUUGUUAUGUAUGCUGCUUGGGGAAUAGGUUCAGACAACUCAAUUGAAGAAGAUAUAAAAGAUGUUGCUUUGAUGGCCAUGGAGGACUCUGAAUCAGACAUUGAGAAAAAGGAGGUGAUAGCCUCAGUGGCCAUGAGUAUCGAAUUUGCUUCUCUUAGUGUGGUGUAUGCCUUCACAGUGUUUUAUGAUGUCAAAAGGCGGAAUUGCAUACUUGUAUCUUGGCCAUAUCUUGAGUCCACUGAUUCAUCGCGGAGGGAGAAAGCGACGCUGGUGGUACUCGCCGGAGCACUGAAUCGCAGUGGAGUGAGAGAGAAGCGACGUUGGUGGUGCACCCCGGAGACCACUGUUUCACAUUGGAAUGAGAGAGAGAGAGAGGUGGCAGUGGUCAAUGUAGAGGAGAACGAAGUGGGUGAUGGUGCGAGGUCAUGGCGACUAAGAGGUUUUUCGGCCAGAUCUGAUGCACUAAAUAUAAGGGGUCAUUUGUGUCACAUUUUCGCUUAUAAGAAUGUGUUUUUUUUCUUGUUGCAAAUUAAAAACCGUUUGUUUGUCUUUGGCAUGACUCUAAAAUUGGUUAAAUGGAGUUUCUUGUUUUUGGUCUUAAACCAUAAUUUUCAAAACAUUGAGGGGUGUUUCGACUCCAUUAUUAGUUUCGGCGAUUCGCUUGCUGACACUGGAAAUAAACUUCAUAUCACUCUAAACAAAAUCCCUCCUUCCCAUUUCUCCUUGCCACCUUAUGGUGAAACCUUUUUUCAUCAUCCUACUGGUCGCUUUUCUGAUGGACGUCUUGUUAUAGAUUUUAUUGCUGAGAGUUUUGGGCUCCCAUUAGUGCCACCAUAUUUGGAAGGAGAAGAUGAAAGGAAUAAUGUAAAAUUCAGGCAAGGUGUGAAUUUUGCAGUGGGAGGGGCAACAGCACUUGAUUCUGCCUACUUGUUGGACAAGGGAGUAACGUCCAGUAACAAUGUGUCUUUGGGGACUCAACUGAAUUGGUUCAAAGAUAUGAUGUCUUCAUUUUGCAAAUUUCCUUCAGAAUGCAAGGAAUUUCUUCAAAACUCAUUGAUACUUAUGGGAGAAAUUGGAGGCAAUGAUUUCAACUAUGGUUUUCUUGGAAAUAGCACCAAGGAAGAGGUUGAAUCAUAUGUUCCAGCAGUCAUCAAGACUAUUAGUUCAGCUAUAGAGGAAUUAAUCGAGUUAGGCGCAAGCACACUGUUAGUUCCAGGGGAUUUGCCGAUUGGAUGUUCAUCAGCUUAUCUCACAAAAUUUAUGCACUCAGAUAAGGGACAGUAUGAUCCCAAAACUGGUUGUUUAAAUUGGCUUAACAAAUUCUCACAGCAAUACAAUGAGCUUCUUCAGAAGGAACUUCAUCUUCUAAGAGACCUUUAUCCUACUGCUACAAUAAUCUAUGCUGACUACUACAAUGCAGCCAUGCAAUUUUAUGCCUCUCCAAAGAGCCAUGGUUUUAGAAAAGGAGCUUUAGUUGCAUGUUGUGGGGCGGGAGGGCCAUACAACUUUAUGUUUUCUACAAUAUGUGGGGAUCCAGCUGCCAGAAAUAUUUGCAGUGACACUUCAGUGUAUGCUAGUUGGGAUGGAAUGCAUUUUACAGAAGCUGCAUAUAAAUGGAUUGCCACUGGACUUUUAAAAGGCACUUUCACUUUUCCUCCCCUCCCUAAAAUAUGCACUGAUCGUUUCAAUCCAAAUGUAAACCAAUUUUAUGAUUCUGACUUGUUUGGUGUGAGAUAUAAAGUAUAAUAAUUU